CCUUGUGAUCUGUCUUUCGACAUCCUUUUCUUUCAUUGUGUCAGUCAAAUCUCGGCCGGUUUCGUGUCAUCGUUUCGUCCUCGUCCUGCUUCUACCUGAACCGUGACCACAACAUCCCUCCCUCCCCACGCACUUGUUAUAUAUCCUGCUUCUUCUCUCGGUGCCUGGGGCAGUAACCGAUAAGCCACCAGCCAAAAGAAUAUUUUCUCAAAAAAGAAAAAAAAAAAAAAGAAAGAUUUUCUAUCCGCUCCCUCCGACCUCAGAAUCAACCCACAAUGUCUACCGAUUGGUCUCUCGACUUUUGCAUUGUCUGUGACAGACAAACUCUCGGGGGAGCCUACUGUUCUCAGACUUGCCGGCUCGCAGAGAUAGAUCAAUACUCGACGUCCGAGUCAGAACCCUCGUCUCCAACAUCUACAACGGGUCUCUGCCAGCCCUGGACGGUCUUCAACCAGGACAAUGGGCAAAAUCAACCACUCGGUGCUCCUUCCAAUUUCGUUACGCCCACCACCCAGCGAGUUCACACGGCACUGUCUUCCAUUUCAAAUAUAUUUUCCAAGUCCUCCCGAGUGACUCUAUCUCCAACCUCUUCGCAAACCUCCCUCUCGUCGCUAAGCAGCUCCUCUUCAACCUCUAUCCCUCUAUCCGGUCAAGCCAAAACCGAACUGGAAGAAUACGCUGGUUGUUUCGACCAGGUUCGUGACUGGAAACGACGCUUGACCCUUUCUUGAACGAACCCUUAUCCGCCAAAUGUGCAUUAUAAGAUAAUUUCUAUACAUAUCUUUUUUUUUUUCCAUCGCCCGAACCUGAUAUCGACACAAAAGCAUGAUACAGGGCUCGCUGCAAUUUAAGCUUCGAUUACUGUGUUCUACGAGAUUACGGGUUCUCUUUCGCGCUUCUCCUCUACUGUUCGAUAUCUCUUUAUUUAUUGUUUUUUUUUUUUCCUACGGUCAUCUUUUACUCUCCAGGGAGGCCUCUUUUUUUUUUCUUUCAACAUGUUAAGCAUUUAUCAAAAAAAAUCUGGGCAAAAAUGUUUUUGUGUUUAGCAUCAUCCAUGCAGCAUUCAAGCCGGCGUUAUAACCAUUUUAUGUUGGUUGGGAUUAUUCUACACUCUGUUCAAUCUUAUGCAAAAUUUUCUGAAAUUCCUCCAUUCAAACAAAUGUUGGAAGUGACUUAGGGGGAAAUGGUUUUAUGGAAGACAGAAGAGUCCAGAAGGAGAACUUUUCUGAGGCGCAUGGAAAGGCUUCUUUUCUUUACCUUUUUUUUCUCCACCCUUGCUAAAGUAUUUUUGUACCUUGGAAAAGGUUCAAGGCGGGAUUUCAAUCCAUAGUGGGACAAACAGGGAGCAUUUUGGUUG